UACUCCCCCAGUUUCCGGAAGAUUUCACAGUGGAGAAAAUGGCGUCCUGAUACGUAGUCAGGCUAAACCAAGCCCGAAAGAGAAAAAACAACAAAAGUACAAAACAACAGCGUCCGACAGCUGAUUUAAGCAGGUCGUUCUGAUCGCCCUCUUUCCUGCGGCCCUCAGCUGGAUUUAGCCUGUUGCCCCGGACCCCCUCUCUGAACGGCGAUGGAAAACUCGGACAGUUCAGAGCAAGGUGGCAGCGAGCAGCCGGACGCCCAGCGUAGAAGGCAGCUGGAUCGACUGGACAGAGAGGAAGCCUUUUACCAGUUCGUGAACAACCUUAGCGAGGAGGACUACCGGCUUAUGAGAGACAACAAUCUUCUCGGCACUCCUGGUGAGAUAACCGAAGAGGAGCUGUUGAGUCGCCUUCAGCAAAUCAAAGAUGGGCCUGAACAGUUGAACACCGGUGAAAGCAGGACCGAAGAGGCUGGAGGACCAGAGGGCCAAGAGGAAGGUUCUAAUGGGGACUCCCUUCUGGAUUGGCUGAACACUGUGAGACGAACAGGCAACACGACCAGGAGUGGCCACCGAGGGAACCAGUCAUGGCGAGCGGUGAGCAGGACCAACCCCAGCAGUGGUGACUUCCGCUUCAGCCUGGAGAUCAACGUCAACCGCAACAUUGCUGAGCAACAGGCGAGGAAUGAGGAGGGGGAGCAGGCGGAAGGGGAAGGGGAGGAGCCAGUGGGGCUGGUGGCGGAGCCUGAAAUGCCCAUGGAGACCGCAGAGGUGGUGGAGGAGCCGGUUGUGGAGGAGCUGGCUGUUAUCGUGGAACCCGAACCGGAUCUCCCCAGAUCUGAGACUCCUUCCGUGGUCCUACCCGAUAGCCCUCAGGUCCAAGCUGUGCCUGCCCCCAGGCCCAGGGGACUCCCUGUGACUCAGUCUUUUAGUUAUCGGGUACAGGUCCCGCCUACUCCCGGGCCUGACGAGCCAAUUGAGCCUCGCAGACCCCCUGUGACCCAGUCCUUUAGCCAACAGGUCCAGGCUCCGCCUCCUCCCAGGGCCGAGGACCCCCCCCCCCCCUCCUCCUCCUCCUCCUCCUCCUCCUCCUCCUCGAUCCCCCGUGACCCAGUCGUUUAGCCACCAGGUCCAGAGCCCUCUCCCCCCAGGCCCAGAGCUGAGGACCCGCCGCGCAGAGGCCAGAGACGGGCACGCAGCCGCAGCCCGGAGCAGCGCAGGACCAGGGCUCGCAGCGAGAGGAGCCGCUCUCCUCUAGGGGCCGCUCUCCUGGCCCCGGAGCCCCUCCCGGAGGCGGUGGUGGAGGGCAGCUCCAGGACUCGUCAGCACAUCCUGUCCCGGCAGAGCCCGGCCGAGCACGAUGCCCCGCCAGGCGGGGCGGCGACGGUAGACCCUCCCGCGGUGGUGGCUGCGGCCCCUGAGGCGGAGCCCCAGGCCGGGGUGGGAGGGGCGGCCGGCCGUCGCCCUCCCACCAUCAUGCUGGACCUGCAGGUGCGGAGAGUGCGGCCAGGGGAGUACCGGCAGAGGGACAGCAUUGCCAGCCGCACCCGCUCCCGCUCGCAGACCUCCAACAACACCUUCCUUUACGAGAGCGAGCGUGGCGGCUUCCGCCGGACCUUCUCGCGCUCGGAGCGGGCCGGCGUGCGCACCUACGUCAGCACCAUCCGCAUCCCCAUACGCCGCAUCUCGGACGCGGGGCUCAAUGAGGCCACCUCCAUGGCCCUGCAGUCCAUGAUCCGGCAGAUCAUGACGGGCUUCGGGGAGCUCAGCUACUUCAUGGACUCCGACUCGGAUUCCUCUGACUCCAACCGGGGGCCCAACCCCCCUCCGGAACACGGAGAUGCACUUCUCAACCCCGACGCGACGGCGGCGCCGGCGGCCUCCGUUAGCGCCGACAGCCCUGAGCCACGGACAGAUGAGAGGGCCGCGGAGGCCGGCGCGCCUGCUGCCGGGGCCGGCAGGGAGGGCCGGGCGGGACCCCGGGGCCCCAUUAGCCUGGAGGAGCCGGGCUCCCUACCCUUCCUCCGUCUGGCGCACUUCUUCCUGCUCAACGAUGACGAGGAUGACCAGCCGCGGGGCCUCACCAAAGAACAGAUCGACAACCUCUCCACCCGUAACUUCGGCGAGAACGACGCCCUGAAGACCUGCAGCGUGUGCAUCACGGAGUACGCUCAGGGCAACAAGCUGCGCAAGCUACCCUGCUCCCACGAGUACCACAUUCACUGCAUCGACCGCUGGCUCUCCGAAAACUCCACCUGCCCCAUCUGCCGCAGGGCUGUUCUGGUGCCCGCCAACCGUGAGAGCGUGGUCUAGCUACGAGUGUCUGGCUAGGCGAGCGGUCGGCCUUACCUAGCUUCUCAUGCCUUUGGGUCUCUUUUUUUGGUAUUAUCAUAGCGUCUCAUUCAAUACCAUGAGACAUUAUCCGGUUAAUUUGCAUUUGCAUUAAAAGCCAUCAAAAUUGGUUUGUAAGGGCCACAAGGAAGUGGGAGACUGGCUACAAGGACCUAUAGGGGAAAAUGUGUUCCUCUGUAUGUUAAUGGAGGGAAUGAAACUGUUCACAGUUCUGGAGAGAGGUGUGAAAUAUGCUCUUGAUGCCGGUAGGAUGGGUGGGUGGGGUGGGAAACAAACACGAACCCCAAACCUGGAUCAGAUAUUAACUACCCUUAUUGGUUGAUUGAUGACUUCUGGUGAGUGCGGCAUUAAAGGGUGAAGCAAACUCUUGUGCAUUUGGACAGUUGCUGUCAAGUGCUGAAGCCCGGCUGAAUUUUGACUGUUAAUGUGAGGAAGCGUGCAAUUAGGUCUGAGGUAUUCAUGCCUAUGUUGAAAUGACAUCAUCAUAACCUCACCAGCCAGUGUUCAGAGUUGUAAUUAACUUAAGACUUGGGGUCAAAUGCAUUUGAGUGUGAAUGCAGUGAACUUUCUGAUGUAACUUAGAAUUAAGGCUUUGAAUUUGUCCACUUGUGAAGAUUCCUUUCCCCACAUUUUGACAUUGUAAUUUGAAUGGUGUCUUAACAGUAUCUUAAAUUGAAAAUAAAGAACUAAUCAUAGUUUCAGUGACAACUAAAUGCAACUAUGCACAUUUUCAAUUUUAUUUGGUGCGCAUACAACACUCUAAUUGCAAAGGUAAGUUCUUCAAUGAGCAGUACAUCACAGUGCAGACAGUAUUUACUUUUCCAGGCUAAUGGCAGAAAUCACCUACUUCCAGAAAAAGGUUAACUUUUUUUGCUUCACAUCACUGAACACAAAUUUUCUUUGAGACAGGCUGAUGUUAUACUCUGGUACUGCCUGAUUUAAACCACUGUCAAUUAACUGGCCUACCUCUUCCCUGUAUACUGUUAGAUAAUACUGCACCUUUCCUGUUUUGAAUAUUAGAAAUGUAGCUCAUCAGAGGCAAGUAAAUAUUGAUUAUUAAGAACAUAAUGCUCAUGUUUUUAGGUUGGCUAUGAAAAUUGAGGUGUCCAUGUAAUCCCACAAAACAAUUUAUGGAUACACAAACGUCCUUCCCUUUUGGUUGAUUGUCUGACUUACGCUUUCAAAAAUGUGUUGGCACAACAUAACAUUCACAUCACCUUUUGCCCCAUGAAAUUGCAGUAUGUAUUAAUUCCUCAGAAAACAAGUUCUGAUUCCAUAUUAAUUGUCCUUGAAUUGCUAUGUCUGAUGAAUUUCAGUGAAGGAAUUUAAUCUAGUAUAACCUACUUUGUUGAGGAAUAUAGCCGUAUGAGAAAUGUAAAAGUGCACACAAGGUGUUGCUGGGAGACCAUGUGCACAUUUUCCGAAGACCAUAAUGUGCAUUUGCUCAGUCUGACUACCCAGGUUGCAUUUUUAAGAGCAUACAGAAAAAUAUUUUCUGCCUCUUAAAUGUCAGUGUUUUAUGGGGGGAAAUUAACGCAAGAUUAUUAUAUACUUUUAUUUCUUCAAAAACCUUGUACAGGCUUGAGUAUCCACUCCAUUAAGAUCUGUUCCCAUUCAGACUUGUUUUCUAGAGGUUAUGUUUGUUCUAAAAGCACUGUUGUAUUACUCUGUGGAUUGAUGCAGUUAUUUAGGCAAAUUAAAUAAGAGGGUAUCUUAAGUCUCUUCACAUUUUCUCAAUAUUUUUUGUGUACCUGUGUACAACGUUCAUUUUUCCUUCUCUGAAAGUAAAGAUCAAGUUUGUUGUU